AAUAAUUAUAAUAAUAAUUUUAAUAAUUAUAAAUUAUUUAAUAUAUAUUGCAAAUGUAAAUGAAGGUUAUGAUACAUGUUUUAAGGUGGUCGGAACAACGUUGAUCGUCAUCGGCUUCGCUUUGCGAUUUGGACGAGGUUUUGGCACCUUCAACUUUGAAACUUUUCAGAUCAACGAUUUUUUGGAACUUGAACGACUUGACAUGGUAUUCGGGCUGUUCACAUCCGCUGCCAGCGUGCUGGUGCUGCUGUUUUUCAUGGCAGUUUACGCAACCGUAAAAAAAGCAAGUUUCUUCUGCUACUGUGCAGUGAUGGCUCUUAUGGUGGUUGUUCAACUUGUUGCCGGCCUUCUUGCCUUUACAUACUCAGAUCAGGUAAAUCAACUCGCCUCUGACGACAUUCUGUACGAGUCCCUGAACAGAACUGCCUCCAAAUACGCAUCACCUCCUCCAAAAGACGAUGAAACUCAAUUCUGGAUUUAUACACAAGACAUGGUAGGGUACAUUCUUUGUUGUUCAGGAUGUGAAAAGCAGAUUCAUUCACGUAUUUCUAAAGAUGUGCAGUACCUCGGCGCCGCCUCAAUGGCAGUAAUUUUAAUCGAGACCAUCGCCAGUUUUCUGGCCGGCUAUCGGGCGUACACCAUUGCACAUCCAGACGAUGGUUGA